AAAGUAUGUAUCUGCAUUUUUGUCUGGAAGUGGCAUCAUGGGGCAACGAUGCCCUUCUGAGUCUUCCACACAGGUCUAGGGCUGUGUUCAUUAAGAGUGAACCUGCCAAUGCUUAAGCUAAAAAUGCUCAUUUUAUCUCAGUGUAAAAACCAAUUUCAACUUCAAGUAAUGCUCUUUAAAAAUGUCACUUCAGAGAGAAGCUUUCUUUGCCAGCUGCCUUCUGAUGGUUUUUUCAGCCAUUUUCUGGAUGUCUAAGUUGAACAUCCAGCAUUACUGAUUGUAAUUGCUCUGCGUUAGUUUCCUAGUGCAAAACUAAGGAAUGAACAGCAUGGCGGUAAGUGUGAGAAUGUUGUUCAUGGAAUGAUCAUCUCUGAAGGACUUCCCUGCUGUGGAGAAGAGGGAAAGGAUGUGUAUUCAGAGCAGGAUGUGAAUAAUGCAUUGUUAAUGAAGGAUGAGGCAACUGAUGAAGGACUGCUUUAAUGAUGAAAAUCUGGUGGAGUUCUCUAAAGGGGAAAAAAAAAAAAUAUAGUGGGAAAUUAUAUGUGCUUGCUUAAGCCCUGAAUUUGUUGGCAGACCUAAGUGACCUUUGAUGGGCUCAGGCUGGGGUGGGAUUUAAGUGCUUUCAACUUGCCUUGCAAGUCACAUGUUCUGUGAGCUUGGGGUCAGAGGAGAGCACACCAGCCAGCCUGGGCUCGGGGUCUCUCAGCUUUGUGGCAUGGGUGGAGUGAUAAUGAUUUUUCUACGGAUUCUGGGCUGAGAUGUGGAGAAGGUGGCUGAGAGAAGUGAGAGCAAACUUGUUGAACUUCCUCUGCCAUGGUGGCUGUAAGCUUUUCCUGGGUGCUUUGUUACGAAGUAAGUUGAAAUAGCUGAGUUUGUCCUCACUAAAGGUUAGAGUUAGCACAAAGAAUUCCUUGCCACACAAUACAUGUUUAGAAGAGCUUUUUACUCACCGCUACUGUUACAGUUGCCACUCUAGUGAAGUACAUCUGGUUUUGACAUAUCAUUUUGAACAUAAAGGUCAGGAUAUUUGUUGUCCAGGUCUUUGGCAUGGUCAGAUACUCAGUGAUCCAUAAUUAAAAAUGUGCAUGAAUACCCUUAAUUCUUCUGUUCUUAAAGUUGUCACUUCAUGACCCUAGAGUUAAGAGUUUGAGUCUGAACGUUUUACCAUUCCAUCCGUCUAUUUUGUGAUUCCUUUCUCAAUUCCUGUGUAAAACUCCUAAAGAAAGCCUUUUGCAGUGCAUGGGAGGUAUAGCUGAUUUCCCCAGCUUGGAUGGGAUAGCUGGUAAAAUGGUUAGUGCAAAUUUGAACUUUGCUGCUGCUUUCAGAUAAGCAAAUGGUUGAUGUAUUAUGGUGGGAUGUGAAUUCUCUGCAUUAUGUGAAGAUAAAAUAUUCUUUUUUUGCUAUGCUUAAAUGCUACUUGCACAUCUUAAAGGGAAACUUAUUAACAUUUAAAAUGUGCAAUCUUAGUACUGUUUUCAGACACUGAGCAGAAACUGUUUCUAGGUUUGUGGUUAGUGGAAAAUGCCAAACUACAUGUUUUACACCUUGGUAUUGGAUAUUCCUCUUCAAUAGUCUUGAUAUAAGAAACUAUAGAAUGAUAAUUGAGUUCUAGUUGCUAUAACGUGUUUAGAUGUAGGAUUACAAAAUUCAUGUGAAAAGUUGAUUAGAUGAUUGUUAGGCGGAUCAUGAUACUGCUGACUCUUAUCUCAAAGUUGACAACAGUUGUGAAUUUCUAUGAAUGCAUGGGUUUAGUGGCAUUCAUGAGUUCAAGACUUGUGGAGAGGUUUCCAUCAUUUGGAGGAAACUAAGAUGUGCAUGCAAACAUCCUGGCAGAGCAGAACAAGUACCUUGGCACAUAAUUUCUGGUUUUGUAAUACAACUUCAACUUUUUUUUUUUUUUAAGAAUUUAUGUUCAAAAUCAUGUUUUUUUUCUAUAAUUAAUCUCACUUUACAGGUUCAAAAUAGUGGCAAAAUAGAGUUUUACAAUUAGAGAGGUUUGAAGCAGAGAAGGAAGGAGUUGUUCCUGAAGGAUAGAAAUGAAGCUGGGCAUGCAAUGUCUACUCCAGUGCUCUGUGAGACAGUGCAGCCUGCAGAAAUGAGAGUGCAGUUGCAAUUUUUUUUCAAAAUUACUGUCUUAAAGUAUGCGCUGCAAGCCCAAGCUAAUAUAAAACUACUUCGAGUAUAUCACAGUAGCUGUGUUUUCCUGGCAUAUUUUGAUAAAAAUAGCUUACCAAAUACAAAGUAGAAAUACAGGAAAGCCUGCAACCUCCCCCAGUGGCUUACUUCUGAUGGACUUUGUAAUUACAUCUGUCUAUCUCCAUCUGUACCCUGCUUGCUAGAGGCUGGAUUUAAGGUUAAUUGUAUGAUGGAGAAUCCUGGCUUAAAGCUAUAUCUUAAUUAGAAUUCACAAUCCUCUUUACAUAAAAAUAUCUGAAAACUCUUUUAGAAAAAAAAACCACUGAUUAUAGGGCAAAUGAAAAGAUUUUGAUAUUUCUUUUUUUUUUUCAUAAUUUGUGAAUAACUUAACUAUAUAUAAAUGUAUUCCAAUGCCAUCUGGUUUAUUUCUCUCUUCAUCUUACUCUUGGCUUCUGUCAUCUUGCUUAUUGCUCUUUGGCUUUUUAAUUAAAGGAAAAAGCAGUAGAAAUUACUUUUGUGAUCACAGUAACAUUUCAAAGGUUAUUAAAUACUAUGAAAAAUAGUGCUGUUCUGUGUUUUGAGAUUUACUGCUAUUGAACAUAGCUUUGACACGAACAUACUAAAUCCCUUUGACUUGGGUAUAUAAUAUUCUAAUUAGUGUAAUUAAUCAAAUUUUAUUCUGUAAAAUAAAAUGUUUUUCAGAAAUAUAUGGUUCAGUUCUUGAACUACCAUACGGAGAUUGAGCUAUCCUUGCUAAGAUUGUUACAUUUAACUCUUAUGUUCUGAUGGUGUCCUGACUGAAAUAGAUCUGUUCCUAAAAGUUGGGGUUUGGAAGUAUUUAAUUAAAUCUUUAGGAAUUUACAAUUACAACAUUCUGAGAGACCUCAGUGAGGAAUUUGGUGAAAACAGAAAAUUUUGUCAGUUUCCAUGAGUUGUGUAAGGAGAGGAAAAUACACACUUGUGUUUCAUUUUGAUUAAUUUCAUGUCAAGUGCUACAAUGUAACUUUGGUGUUGGAUAUUUUUGUUUUGUUUGCUUCUUUGUUUUCAACUUGUAAAAACAGUAGUUUGGUCCGUAGAGGUUUUUCUGCAGCUGAAGUGAGUUUCCAAAAGCUAACCUCUUAGGUCUUAAAAACAAAACAAAAAAAAAGAGGCGGAAGAAAAAAAAAAGGAGCAAGUCCUAAAGACCUUCCUUAACCAGCAUCAUUUGAAAAAUUCAGUUCAGUUUAACGAGGUGCAUAAGCAUAUGCUCCUCUUUAGCAUGAGAAAGCUUUGUCUCUUGGGUUGUAUUCAGAUAUUGCUGCUUGCAUGAGUUAAGAUGAUUAAGUAUGACCCUAAUGUUGUUAAACCAGUGCCUGAGUUCCUGAUAUGAUAAUUUGCAGACAAAAUUUGCUUUCUCAUAGUGUCAGUUGCAUUCCAGUUUGGCAGCAUUUGGAAGUUAAAUGCCCUCACUUGGUGAUUCCUUGCUGCUGUUGGAUAUCCUACAGGAGAAUCGUCUUAAAUGGGAAAGGAGAUGCUGGACUGAAGGAAAAGCAUGAAGAUAUUUUUUCAAACCUCAGGAUUUCACUGUUUUUAUUUCAAACUGUUUGAGUACCUGAAUCAUGAGAUAAUAAUUUUUAAGAUCCUUUAAAAAUUGGGAAAAUGAAGUUGAUUUUUACCCCAGACAUAGUGUAUUUUGAAAAUACAAAAAUAUGCAGAUUUGUAUGCUGAUUGUUGUCACUGUGAAUCCCCAAGUACAGGAUUGCAUGAAGGUCUGCCACAAGGCUGCGUAACUGCUCAGACUACCUGACUCGAACUCACCUCUGAUUAGCAAGUGAUCUUUUUUAGCCGUACUGCUGGAGCCAUACUAAGAGUGAAGAAUGAAAAAAUCUGUUCUGCUGUUUUUAUUAUUGCAUUGUCUAGGAACUUUUCAUCUUUAUGUGAUGUUUCAUGAUUAAAUGACUGGCAUGGUGUAGAGGUGUUAUGAUCUUCUCCCGGUAUUUCUUACUUCGGGUCUGUCUUCACUAGUUUGGCAUGCACAUUUGGAACUGGUGGUUAAAUGAGGAGAGUUGUGUCUUGGGGGGCAGCAGAACUGAGAGGAGGAAUAGUCCUGUGACAGCACCUUGGGAUUGAGGUGGUGAAGGGCAGUGCAGUGUGGUGGCAUAGAUGGUGUUAAUGCUGGUGGUGUCUUCAACAGAGGACAAAGCACAGCUGGGUUUCUUUGUAAGGAGGUAUCUCUUGAGUUUAUGUUUGUACCAUAUGUACAGAACUGACAAGCCUUAGUUUGUGCUGGAGAGUUGUACCUUACUGCUGUGGCCUGAGUGUCUGGCAAUGGGGUGUGAUUGUUGUCCUUGCUAAUUACCCUGCAGCUGUUCCCUCCUUCCCUCCUCAGUGUCUUGGUUAACUUGGUUCCAUGGUUCUUUAAGAGAAGGUAACACAGUAUAAUUGCAAGCUAAAAUUGUUACACAUGUUCAAGUUUCUUUGCUCAUCGCAGGAUUUGCACUUUAAUUUUGCAGUAAACUUUAUACAGAAAAAAAAAAUAAAGCAGUGUUGCAGUGACUUGGCUAGAUCUGGGGUCAGCCCGAAGGCUGGUUGCGCAAAGCCAGUAAUACUGCUUUAUAAAGGGGUUGUACUGCCGCGCUAAAAUUCAUCCGUGAGUGACCUCUUGGAACUCUGUAACUCUACACCCACACAUCCUAAUUGUCUGCUUAGGUCACAGCCAGCCUUUUGAUGUCCCGCAGACCACGGUAGGGUACUGGGCCAACUGGUUCAGCUGCCGCCCGCUGCAGCCGUGGAACAACAGCCCUUUGUUGUGCCCGGGCCGCGGCGCUCUCGGGGGCCGCGGUGCCCUGCGCGGCGCUGAGCCGCGCUCCGCCGCGCCUGGCCAGCGCCAGCGCCAAGCCCAGCGAUAUUUGCGGGGUGGGCUGUUUGGUUUGGGCUGGGAGCGUGUCUGCUCCGUGCUCUGUGCAUGGCUUGUGGUGCCUGAAAUAUGGCAGUAGUUUCUUGGAGUUUAGCAGACUUCUCAGUUCGUGUUAUUGCAGGACAUCUGCUUAUGCUUUAGUUUAUACCAGUGGAGUUUCUUGUAAAAGCUUACUAGAAAGUGGUUUGGGGUUUCUUUGGUUGGUUAGUUGGGGUGGGGCUUUUGUUGUUUCUUUCUUUCUUUGGAAGGUUUUGUGGAGUAUUUUUGUUGUUGUUGUUGUUGUUUUCUUACUGCUUCUCUUCAGCCACUCUUGGACAAAGGCUUCUACUCACUUUUAGUUAAAACUAAUGCUGGAAUGUCUUCUCCAGACCUGUGUUGGUAAAUGAUCUGUUAUCAAGAAUAAAAUUUUAAACAGAAAAAUGUUGAUAUAUGCACCCUGUCUCAUGAUUCCAAGUAUUUGGAAAAGCAAAAAUCUGGGUGGUUACAGAGAUGUUGCUUUAAAAGAAUAUUUCCAUGUCAGGAUGCUCAUGAAGUAUUAUGAAUCUGUUUCUAAACUGAUUGGCAUGCAAGAUAUGAAUUUAUGUUUCGUUUAUUCAGAUACUGCUCAUAGGAUUGUUAGUGCUGAUUUUAUAGGUUCUUGCCACUUUAUAUAAAUACAUUCUGCAGCUUGACUAGCAGUGUUCCAGUAAUUCUUGGUUGUUGAGCAUACAGAACUAUAAUUUCUUUAGCCCACCCCCACCCCAGCAUUAACUUAUAUUUUUAAAUCACAGGGACUGAGCUCAAAUUUUUGAUCAUAGUCAUAGAAUAUAUAUUAGUAUAUAUACAGUGCUUGGCAAAAGUAAUAUGCUUGCUUGUAAUAAUGCUUCCUGUGUGCUUUUUUUUCAUAGUUUCUUAUUCCAACUUUUUGUUUUCCAGCUUGCAUUAACUUAAGCUUAAGGCUUAUUUCAUGUUAUGAGCUUGCUUGCUGAUCUCAUUCAUCCCAAAAGCAAUGCUGAAGAGGACAACAAAUAAAAUUAUAGCUAUAACAUAGUAGAAAUAAGGAAAAUGAAGUGUUAUGCAGGCAGCACCUGAAACCAGGUGAUAAUGACUAUGGUUAUUAAGCAAACUUGUCUGUCUUUAAUCAGAGACCUGUUUGUGGAACAUGGACUUGAUGAGGAAGACAAUAACAACGUGAUAAUGACAAAGCUUAGCUGGGUUGGGAGGAUUUGGGAGCAGCAUAUAUGAGAUACUGUCUGUACAAUCAACCUGUAAUCUUUGGAGUUGAGAAGGAAGAUGAGUUGGAAGAGAGCAGAAGCAGAAAUGCAUUACUGUAAAGCUUCACUGAAAGGGUCUACUUACAGUGUGCUGUCCAUAAUGCCUUCUGACUCUGAAAGCAGCAGUUCCCUGAGCAGCAUUGGUACGACUGGUAAAGCAUCAUCUCCACCACCCGUGAUAGACACGAGACAAAUGAGUGAGAAGCUGGAGACUAUUUUAUAUCAGCUCCGUCAGGUGACUCGAGAGAGGGACGAGCUGCGCAAGCAACUGGCACUUUCAUCUCCUGGGUCAACCUUUGAUGACUGCAGGCCUAGUCCAAAACCAAAUCAUGAUUAUGAAAGGCUGAAGAUUCAGUGUAUGAAGGCCAUGUCAGACCUACAGUCUCUGCAGAACCAGCACACCAAGACACUGAAAAGGUGUGAAGAAGCAGCAAAAGAGGCAGAUUUUUAUCACACGUUGCACAGUCGGCUGCUGAGUGACCAGUCCCAGCUGAAGGAGGACAUGGAUACCCUGAAGAGGAAGAACACACAGCUGGUGAGGGAGCACAACCACCUGCAGCAGUCCUGUGAGGAGAUGAAGAGGCUCCACGAUGAGGAUCAGAAGGAGAUAACAGACCUGCGCAGCCAGCAGCAGCAGGUUAUGAAGCAAAAUGGAUCAUCAGAGAUCCUAAAUAAACUUUACGAUACGGCCAUGGACAAGCUGGAGGGAGUGAAGAAGGACUACGAUGCCCUGAGGAAACGGUACAACGAGAAGAUCGCGAGCCACAACACUGAUCUGAGCCGCCUGGAACAGGCUGAGGAGGAGAACAGACGUCUUCAGAAACAGAUUGACAUGCUCAUGAAGCAAAGGGACACAGCAAUUCAUUUCCAGCAGCAAUAUUCAUCCUCUCUUAGGAGGUUUGAAUCAGUACAGCAGGAACUAAGCAACGCCACAGCACAGAACAAAGAGUUGCAGAGAGAGAUGGAGCGAUUACAGUCAGAGGUGACAAGGUUCAAAACAAUGCAGCUGAAAGCAGCCAAGGAUGCAGAAAAAUACAAGGACGAGAGGGAUUCUGUUUUCAAUGAGUACCGCCUCAUAAUGAGUGAGAGAGAUCAAGUAAUCAAAGAGGUAGAUAAGCUUCAAACAGAACUGGAGCUUGCCGAGUCCAAGCUGAAGAACACUUCUUCUGAGAAGCGAGUGGCCAGUGAAGAGAUGGAAGCUUUAAGACAGGAGCUAAACUCUGCUCUAGUGGAAAGAGAUCGAGCGAUUUGUGAGAGGAAUGAGUUACUGGAAAAAUACUGUCAUGAAGUGAAGGACAAAGCUGAGGCCCAGAAGGAACUUGAUCAAGCUUGCAAGGAUAUAGAGACAGUGAAGGAAGAAAGAGAUGUUGCCAGGAAAGAGAGAACGGAAGCUAUCAUCCAGAGAGACCAUCUGCUAAGGGAAUAUUAUCAAGCCCGUCAGAUACAAGAUUCUGCUACCCUAGACAUAGAAAGAGCAAACAAAGAAAUUGAAAUGCUUCGGAAGCAAUAUGAGGCAAUGUCACAAGAACUAAAGGAAGCUGUCCAGGAAGCAGAAGUAGCCAAGUGUAGGAGGGAUUGGGCCUUUCAAGAGCGGGAUAAGAUUGUUGCAGAAAGGGAAAGCAUACGGACUUUGUGUGACAACUUAAGGAGGGAGAGAGACCGAGCUGUGAGUGACUUGGCUGAAGCUCUUCGUAACCUGGAUGAUAUGAGAAAGCAGAAAAAUGAUGCUGUUCGUGAGCUGAAGGAACUGAAGGAAAAGAUGGAAAAUCAAUUGGAAAAGGAGGCCAGAUUUCGUCAACUGAUGGCCCAUAGUUCCCAUGACUCAGCCAUAGAUACAGAUUCUCUGGAAUGGGAAACAGAAGUGGUAGAAUUUGAAAAAGACAGAGAUGAUAUGGACUUGAAAGCACUUGGUUUUGAUGUGGCAGAAGGUGUGAACGAGCCGUACCUCCCCGGAGACUGUGGGAUCUUCGUUACCAAAGUAGACAAAGGAAGUAUUGCUGAUGGUCGGUUAAGAGUGAAUGAUUGGCUGCUGAAGAUAAAUGAUGUGGAUCUUACCAAUAAGGAUAAAAAGCAAGUUAUAAAAGCUGUUCUAAAUGGAGGAGGUGUUAUUAAUAUGGUGGUUCGAAGAAGGAAGUCUUUAGGUGGGCGAGUGAUAACACCUCUUCACAUCAAUGUUUCUGGACAUAAAGAUAGUGGGGUCAGUCUAGAAAAUGGAGUUUUUGUUGCUGCUGUUGUGCCCGGAAGCCCGGCUGCCAAAGAGGGUUCCCUAACUGUGGGAGAUAGAAUAAUUGCUAUCAAUGGCAUUGCACUAGAUAAUAAGUCACUUACUGAAUGUGAAGCUCUGCUACGAAACUGUAGGGAUUCCCUUACUCUGUCACUUGUGAAGGUUUUUCCUCAGAGUUCAUCUUGGAGUGGUCAAAAUAUAUUUGAGAAUUUGAAGGAUUCAGAAAAAAUGUCCAACUGUAGAGUUCAUGCAUCAGAGAUACAGGCACAAAAUAAAAGAAAUCUGAAACUCAACAGCUCAACCCAGACUGACAUUUUCAAUCCAGACAUCAUGGAUGGCAAGAAGGAGCAGAGCGAUCAGGGCAGCACUUCAUUUUGCGAUCACAAACCUUUCCCUAGUAACACAUUACGAGUUGACUCUCGUAGGAACACAGUGCACAGUUGCCAUAGUAAUUCAGAACACAGUCUCAGCUCCUUCAGCCCAGAGACAUAUGGGGACCAAGGCUACGGAGCUGUUGACUUGGACAACAGGAGGCUGCCUUACGAACCAACAGGAGCUGACUGUGUGAUGGUUGAGACAGCGUUUGACAAAGGACAUGGAACUAAGCAUAGUGGAGGUACCUGGCCAAAAGUCAUGGUUAAUAUCUCAGCAACAGAAACAGAAAAGUUCUCUGUGUAUAAAAAGCCAAAACAAAGGAAAUCUAUCUUUGACCCUGAUACUUUCAAAAGGCCACCAACUCCUCCCAAACUGGACUACCUUUCCCCUAACCAGGUGACAGGCCAUUCACCUCAGCCAUCAAAAGCUGAAGUGGCUUCAACUCCUCCAACUCCUCCUAAGAGAAGUGACUCCAUCAAAUUUAAACAUAAACAGCAGGCAAGCUCUGCAUCAGAGUCUACAGUAACAACAGGAUCACCACCCACCAGCCCAGCCACUGCCCAAGCUCCAGUUUCCUUGGCACUUAAACAGGACUCUGCUACUCUCAAGGGGCGCAGCAGGAGUGCGGGGCAUUAUUAUCGGGAGGAGGGAAUUGACUGCACUCACCUAUCUUCAAGGAAAUCCUGUGAAGAUGACAUUGGCUUUCAGAGAGUUGAAGAGCCAGAGAUCAAAAGACCACGGCCAAAAUCAGCUCCUGCUCUGAGGCAUAAAAUGACCCCUGUGCCCAUUCCUAAUCCUGCACUUCAGGUGCAGAAAUAUGCUCCAGCUAGUGAGGAGCAUCUGUCUCCAGAGCUACAGGAAUGGGCACCAUAUUCCCCCAAACGUUCUGCUAGGCACAGCGAUGGCUUUGUGCCUGCUGCCUUAUACCCUGGCAACAUGUCAGCAGCAGGGACAGUACCAAGAAGCUUAGCACCGUGUCCUGCAGUGACUGCUGUCAUGAGAAAUCCCAUCUAUACUGCCUGGAGCCAUAGAGUUCACACCAGCAAUUGCCCAUCAGUUGCCAGCCAAAUAUGUCAUCAGCAUCUGCAUCCCAGUUCCCAGCAUCAAGGUCGCCUGAGUUUGGACCUAAGUCAUAAACACUCCAAUGACUACUCUGAAAAUUCACGUACAAGAGCAUCUCAUGGCUCAAAUUCAUUGCCAUCUAGUGCCAGACUUGGUUCUUCGAGUAACUUGCAGUACAGAACAGAACGAAUUAAGAUCCCUUUAACACCAAGAUAUCCAAGGUCCAUGAUGGGCUCUGACAGAGGCUCCUUGUCACACUCAGAAUGUAGCAGUCCCAGCUUGAUAACUCCUCCCCAGUCACCUCUUAACUUGGAAACAUCCUCCUUCACCAGCAGCCAGUCUCAGAACUCCCUUUCUACGUUACCUAGGAUUUCCAUUAGCCCUGUAUCUGUCGGAGAACGUAGAAAAGAUAGAUAUCUGUUCCGUAAUAGGUCUUUUCUGAGAAUCCCUGUGGCUCCUAGGCCUAGGUUCUCAUCACUAAGGAGUUUGAGGCCCUACAUGGAAGAGCCACGCCAUGUUAAAGUGCAGAAGGGCUCUGAGCCACUCGGGAUUUCCAUUGUGAGCGGAGAAAAUGGUGGAAUAUUUGUUUCUAAAGUAACAGGUGGGAGCAUUGCCCAUCAAGCUGGCCUUGAAUAUGGUGAUCAGUUACUGGAGUUUAAUGGAAUAAAUUUGAGAAACGCUACAGAGCAACAGGCUCGACUAAUCAUUGGGCAGCAGUGUGACACCAUCACUAUUCUGGCUCAGUAUAACCCACACAUGUAUCAGCUUGGCAAUCACUCACGGUCAAGUUCCCGCUUAGAACCUGUGAGUAAUCAUUCCACCCCUCAAGGCAGCGGAGCUGCAACGCCUGACAAUCAUUCCGUAAUCGACACUGUGAGUGAGCAGGACGAAGGGACAAUGACACCCCCAUCCAAACAAACCACUCCAACUACAAGUCCCCGGAAUUCCUUAAGGGGCCCUGUGGACACAAACAAAAGGACCCCUGAACCUAGAAUUGUUGUUGUUAAAAAAUCCCAAGUUGAUCUUGGGAUCCAGAUAUGUGGUGGAAAUAUGUAUGGAAUAUUUGUCUCAGAUGUAGAUGAUGACAGCCCAGCAAAAGGACCUGAUGGACUAGUCUUGGGUGACAUGAUACUUGAGUAUGGGUCCAUUGACAUGCGAAAUAAAACAGCUGAGGAAGCUUAUCUUGAAAUGUUGAAGCCUGGAGAAAACAUCAAAAUAAAGACUCAGUACAGAAUAGAAGAGUUUAAUAAGAUAAAAGAGCUUCCUGGAGAUGGAUUCUACAUCAGAGCACUUUAUGACCGUGUGGCAGAGAUGGAGCAGGAUUUAAGCUUUAAGAAAGAUGACAUUUUAUAUGUGGAUGACACUCUGCCGCAGGGAAAUUUUGGUUGUUGGAUGGCUUGGCAGCUAGAUGAGAAUGCUCAGAAGCUGGAAAGAGGACAGAUUCCCAGUAAAUAUAUGAUGGAUCAGGAAUUCUACAGGAGACACAGCAUGUCCGAGGCUAAAGAUGAAAACAGUUCAUCUAAGACAUUGUCAGCAGCAGCAAGGAGGUCGUUCUUCAGAAGAAAGCAUAAACAUAAGCGAAGUGGUUCCAAAGAUGGAAAAGAUUUAUUGGCUCUAGAUACAAUCAGUACAGACUCGAUUCCUUUCUUGGAUGAUUCUGCAAGUUUGGCUUAUCAGCGUGUCCAGAAAGUGGACUGUACCUCCCCUAGGCCUGUGCUUAUUCUAGGACCUUUACUUGAUGCUGUGAAAGACAUGCUGGUCAAAGAAUCCCCUGGAAAAUUUUGCAGAUGUCCUCUUGAGGUUAUGAAAGCUUCCCAGCAAGCCAUUGAGCGAGGUGUGAAGGAUUGUCUGUUCAUCGAUUACAAACGGAGGAGUGGACAUUUUGAUGUGACAACUGUAGCUUCAAUAAGAGAGAUAACAGAAAAGGAUUGUCAUUGUCUGCUUGACAUCGCUCCUCAUGCCAUCGAACGGCUCCACAGUGUUCAUAUCUACCCUAUUGUAAUUUUUAUUCGCUACAAAAAUGCUAAACAAAUCAAAGAGCAAAAAGACCCAAUCUUCCUGAGGGACAAAGUUACACAAAAGCAUUCCAAAGAACAAUUUGAGACAGCUCAAAAAAUAGAACAGGAAUAUAGCAAGUACUUUACAGGCAUUGUCCAGGGAGGAGCCCUUUCAAACAUUUGCACUCAGAUUAUGACAACUGUCGACCAAGAACAAAACAAGGUCCUGUGGAUCCCAGCUGGCCCACUGUAGAUUUAUUUUGCUGUGAAACUACUUUCCAGAUGUAAAUAACCAACUAACUUUCUACCCAAUGGACUCAGUUCCUUUCUGUCUUAUAAAGAUAUCCAUAAGUGAUUUCUGUUUCGUGAAGGGGAAUGAUAACACUGAACACAUGAGGACCUGACAAGGCAUGUGGAAGGGGUAGAUCAUCACUUCACCAAGCUUGUCUCUCACAUUGUACAUGUACACAUGACAGGUUGUCACAAAGGUUGUGACCUGUGUGUACUUGUCCAUGAGUAAUGAAUUUAACAAUGCUGCAAAACCCAGUAGAAUGACACGUUUACAAAAACCUUUUCCAAGUAUUUGGUUCUUGCUGUUUACUUGAAUGUCUUUUUGUGUUGUUCUUUUUUUUAACUCUGUGUCCUUUCACUUAAUGGGACAACUCUCCAAAAUGGAGUGAAAUUUCUGAGAAUGAGCGGACAGUUUAUGCGCAAUGUGACUCUUAGUUACAAUUUUGACCAUUUCUAAGCACAUUGUUGACUUGACAACCAGGUAGUCAUGUGGGAUUGAAUCGGUACGUCUUGGGAGUAAGCUCAAAAGGAGAUACGCUCCUACACAGGGCAGACCACUGUUUGUAUCCUGUCAAUGCUUGUCUGUCAAAGGUAUCGUUUCUUGUUUUAUGCAUGAAGCUAGUAUUUAAACUUCAUAAUGUAUCUAAGCAAGCCAAGUUUAACAUGUGUUGAAAAAUAAUAAUUUUUGGUUGUUGGGCCUGGAUUAAGUACAGGUGGGGUAGAGUUAUAAACUAGGCCUAGCAUGCUGUGUUCUGUCACUUUUAGAUACUGUAAAUACGGAGAGCUUAUGUUGGUGCAAUUUUGCAGGGUAAUUCUUAAGCUUUGUACUUCAGUGUGUAGCAUUCACAUAGACUGUUUUUAUUUAAGAGCAGACACAGUUUUAGGGCUUUGAUUAAAAGCCUUUAGAAAGGUACUAAAUUGUUAGUGUUUUCACUGUCAAAAAAUAAGUGAUCGUUUAGUUUUGGUUGCAAUACUUAUUUACCUGUUGUACCAAACUCUAUUAUAUCGGUUCCCUUUUUGUUUUUUUGCACUUCUGACUCUGUGUUCCUAACACAGGUUCUGUACCUGUUUCUUCUGUCUCUUGUGCCAUGUUUCCUGAGUACUGUAUUUUAAUUGUUUUUAAAAUAUUAUUUGAGUAGACCUGCUUCUCAGUCACCGUUUCUAACAUUUCAUUAUGUAGGAUUUCUAAUUUUACACUACAGGCUGUAAUUUUGCUUCUGUUUGCAGCUUUUAUAAUUAAAAAAGGGAUUCUUCUUGCACAGUUCUUCAAGAAAGAUCUGGUCCUAAAUUUAAAUUCUGUUUUACAAUUGCUAUUUUAUAGUUCAAAAUACUUUUUAUAGUAUUUAUGUAGUUAUACACUAUAUACAGUAUUCUGAACUAUAAAAACAUCUAAAAAUAUAUAUAGUAUUUUAUGUAGUAUUUUAUGAUACUAUUACAAUACUGUAUAUAUAAACUAAUGAAUAUGAAAUCGAAUGGAUGAAUUAGUAGUUGAAGUACUUCUCAUGGUGAGGGACAGAAGUUGUUUUUUGUUUAUCUCAAUUAUUUGUUUUGUUUGUUUUUUAAAGUUUGAGAUCAGAGUAGACUCCAGUGGUACAACUGAAACAGACAGGUACUGUUCUGACAUGGAUUUUUCUGUACUAAAUGAAAAUGUCACUUUGUAUCAAAAAAAAAAGUUAAAGAAACUGAUUACUAAAUAAAGGUCAAUUUCUGUAACUUCA